AUGGGAAAAGAUCUUUUCAUGAGUUUUCCUUCGGCUCGUCAAGUUUUUGAAGAAGCCGAUGAGUCUUUAGGAACAAAACUUUCAAGUUUAAUAUUCGAUGGACAACAAAAAGAUUUGACAUUAACACAAAACGCACAACCUGCAAUAUUAACAACAUCCAUUGCUGCACUUAAAAUAUUGGAGCGACGACGUGGUGAAUCCAUGGCAAAAACAGUCUCUCAAUUAGGUGUCAAAACAGCUAUGGCAGCUCUUGUUGUCCGUGAAGAGAAUUUACCAAAAUUACGAGGAGCGAUAGAAGAAGUGUGUUCAACUUUACCUGAAGGGGAAUUUGUUGAAUUGGCUAAUCUUAAUAGUGCAGUCAUAAGCGGGACCAGUCAAGCUGUAGAUCAGGCAUCGCGUUUUUUGCAAUCUAAACGACUUGCGGCGCGUGCCGUGGAUCUUCCAGUUUCUGCACCUUUUCAUUGUAAAUUGAUGCAACCAGCAGCAGAAAUGAUGAAAGAAGCACUAAAUGGAAUUAAAUUUCAAAAGCCAAUUGUGGAUGUUAUAUCAAACGUGACAGCCACAGAAGAAAUACCUUUAUUGUUAUUUAAACAAGUGACAUCCACAGUGCAAUGGCAAAGAAGUAUAAAAUAUUGUAGAGGAAAAGGUCUUGAUAAUUUUAUUCUAUUUGGACCUGCAAGAGUUUUGGCCAAUUUAUUGAAGAAAGAUUUUCCUCUUGAUCGUAUAAGGCCUUUCACUACUGUCAAAGAUAUUGAACUUUUUGCGGAUUGUAUAAAAUUAAAACAUGCGAAUACAUUAUAA